UUUAUAACGCAUUUCAAGUUUAAGUGACGUAAAAAUUGGAGAAACUUUUAAAACUGUCGGUUUAUCUUGAGAAAAGACACGAAUACUGUAGAAAUCGAAUAAGAAGUGGAAAUUUGUUAGUAAAAAAAAGUUUUAAGAAGACUGUUUGCGCGCCAAAAGUUCAUUCCAAUUUUCCAAAAGGUCAAAUAUGGACCUCGAGGAAGAUAAAAGUGAAAAUGAAUUAAAUGGAGGCAAUAUUAUCAGUGCGGGAGAAAAUAAUCAUGAUUCCCAAGAAGAAGCAGAUACAAUGCCGGAUUCAGUACCGGAUUCAGUGCCUGAUUCAGUGCCCCAUGUUGAGGAAGAACAAAAAGAAAAGUUGGUCCAGCUGCCUUUGGGAAGAGUUAAAUCUAUCGUGAAAAUGGAUCCAGAUGUCAAUCUUGUUACUCAGGAGGCGAUAUUUAUGAUUACUAAAAGCACUGAACUGUUUAUCGAGUCCCUCACAAAGGAAGCUUAUAAAUACACAUCCCAGUCAAAAAAGAAGACCGUUCAAAAGCAGGAUGUGCAGAGUGCCAUUGAGAAUGCGGAUGCUCUCGUAUUUCUUGAGGGAAUGAUGUAAAAAAAAAAUCGAUUUAUUUAUUGUAUAUUUUUUUUGUACUAAUCCUAAGAAUGAAUGAAUUUCUAAAAUUCCUCCUGUAAGUAUAAUAAUUACGAAUGAAAAAAAAAAAAAAUCAAUAAAUAAAAAAA